AUGCAGUGGACGCUGCUCGCGCCGCACAUUGUGAGCUGCCCCGCGGGCAACCCGCACCUCAACUGGACGAACUUCCCGGCGUUGAACAUCACCAAUGACCCGACUGAAGCUAUCCUUGCGCGCGACACGCUCCUCGUCAUCUCCUCGAAUGCCUCUUCGUUCACAGAGCCGGGGUACGAGGUUCACUUCACCUGGGACUCGCCCGGCAAGUCCGUCGGCCCUAACAACUCGUACACCACCCGCACGCUUGCAGGCGCGCCGAAGUGCGCGGCGUGGAUCGCGCAGCUGAACGUGACGUACACGGAGCUGUACAAUAUCUCCCGCAACUGGGCGUACACGAUCCAGCCGAAUGGGACGAUUUAUCGCCCCGGUACGGCGAACGUCGUCAAUGGGACUCAGUUCAUUUUGAUUACGGACAGUAACCCGUAUAUCACCCCAGCGAACAUGUCCUACCUGGACCCGCACUUCAUCGCUGGGCCUGCGAUGUACCAGGCUGAUUAG